AGCUCUCUCUCUCUCUCUGCGGUAAACCUUCUGCACUAGCAAGUAAGCAUCCAAAAAACUUCAAUGGAUCAGUUACCAAAAUGUGGAGCUAAUUAUGCCCCUCUCUCCCCUAUAACUUUCUUAAACAGAGCCUCUAAGUUUUAUGCCAAUCGUACCUCUGUGAUAUAUGAGCGUACCCGCUUCACAUGGCAGCAAACGUACGAGCGUUGCUGCCGCCUUGCUUCCUCUCUCCGUUCCCUUAACAUUGUCAAGAACGAUGUUGUAUCUGUGUUGGCUCCAAACAUUCCAGCCAUGUAUGAGAUGCAUUUUGCAGUGCCGAUGGCAGGGGCUGUGCUCAACACCAUUAAUAUCCGGCUCGAUUCUAAAACCAUAGCCACCAUUCUCCGACACUCUGAAGCCAAGGUCUUCUUUGUGGACUGCCAAUACGUGCCCCUGGCACGCGAGGCUCUCCGGUUACUCAUGGAUCAAACAAAGGAUUCUCGGGUACCGGAGUCGUCCAUCCCCUUGGUGAUUGUCAUCGAUGACAUUGACUCGCCUACAGGCGUCCGCCUAGGCGAGUUGGAGUACGAGCAACUGGUCCACAAGGGCAAUCCCAGGUAUGUUCCCGGUGACCUCGAGGAUGAGUGGGAUCCGAUUGCUCUGAAUUAUACGUCAGGAACAACAUCAGAACCCAAAGGAGUGGUGUACAGCCACAGAGGAGCUUUCCUUAGCACCCUGAGCCUAGUUCUCGGGUGGGAAAUGGGAAGCGAACCUGUCUAUCUGUGGACGCUUCCCAUGUUCCAUUGCAACGGGUGGACCUUUACUUGGGGCAUCGCCGCCCGCGGCGGCACCAACGUGUGCCUGCGCAACACUGCAGCCUCAGACAUCUAUCGGAGCAUCGCCAUGCACAAGGUCACACACAUGUGCUGUGCACCCAUCAUUUUCAACGUCCUCCUUCAGGCAGAACCGAAGGAACGAGGCCAGAAGAUAACGCCUCCAGUCCAAAUACUCACCGGAGGAGCGCCCCCGCCGGCAGCCCUGCUUGAAAAAAUCGAGCCGCUUGGAUUCCACGUCACCCAUGCUUAUGGCCUGACAGAAGCAACCGGACCGGCACUCGUGUGCGAAUGGCAGGCCAAAUGGAAUCAACUGCCGCGCGAUGAUCAGGCCAAAUUCAAGGCACGGCAAGGUAUAUCCAUACUAACGUUGGCUGACGUUGACGUAAAGGAUUUGAAAACCAUGGCCAGUGUGCCCCACGAUGGCAAAACUAUGGGGGAGAUAGUCCUGCGUGGGAGCAGCAUCAUGAAGGGCUACUUCAAGGACCCAAAAGCCACAUCCAAAGCGUUCAAGGAUGGCUGGUUCUUAACAGGAGAUGUAGGGGUUGUACAUCCAGAUGGGUAUCUGGAAAUCAAGGACAGGUCCAAGGACGUGAUCAUAUCUGGAGGUGAAAACGUCAGCAGCGUCGAAGUGGAGUCGGUACUGUAUAAGCACCCAAGAGUGCUGGAAGCCGCGGUGGUGGCAAUGCCGCACCCUCACUGGGGAGAGAGCCCCUGCGCUUUUGUCACCCUCAGUAAGAACUCCGCCGUCGGAACCGACGUCGACGUGAGUGAGGCAGAGAUAAUCUCCUAUUGCAGGAAAAAUCUUCCCCAUUUCACGGUUCCAAAGAAAGUGAUAUUCUUGGCCGAGCUGCCAAAGAACUCAACAGGAAAGAUUCUGAAAAACGAACUGAGGGUUAAAGCAAAGCACUUCGUUGUCUCCGAUAAUCAUUCCGAAAAGUCCAAUAUCCAAGCCCCUCAGUAUGGCGAGCAGAUUCUGCAGGCCUUAUCCCGUCUCUGAAAGCUUCCCGAUAUCUCGGAACAAGGAUGUACAGUAUGGUUGAUAAUCAUGAAUAUUAUUACUACUAUUGUUUUAAGUUAAUGUACGUACGUGGGCGAGAAUGGGCAGUUUGGAGAGAUAUCUCGAGAGAGAGAGAUCAGAGAGAGAGAGAGAGAGGUAAUUAUUACAUAUAUAAUGAAAAUUUGCAGUUUAAUCUGUUUUCCCAUUUACUGGAAA